AUGUGUGGCUUCCUCAGAGGUCAUCUGGUAUCUCCACCUGCUGAAACCAUUAAUGGGGCGUGGGGGCAAUGGAGCACUUGGUCAACAUGUUCCACCUCGUGUCGCAGUGGUACUUCACAGAGAACAAGACAAUGUGACAGUCCCCCGCCCUCAAACGGAGGGUCAGGCUGUAGUGGUAACAGUGUAGAGCCAAUUACCUGUAACGCCAACGUCCCCUGUCCAGAUCCCGCUGAUACCUUAGGUACCGAGUUUUUGCUACUGUUCCAAGAGAACCAUAUAAUCCACAGCCCCGGGCUUCCUCUCAAGGUGUUCAUUACUAAUCCUAACACUGAGGCGGUUACGGUUACAAUCGAUACUCCAGCGGCCACGGGUCUAACUUACUACCACAGUGUCACAUUUUCCAUCCCACCUUCAUCUUCCACAGUCAAGCUCCUCAGCAAUGAGCUUCGUAUGACAGGAAGUACCAAAAGUAAAAAAGGCAUACGUGUGUCUUCCACAAAAGACGUGACAGUAGCCGGAAUGAAUAAAGAGUACCUAUCAACAGACAGUUUUGUUGUAAUACCGACCGAUCAUCUUGGAACGAAGCAUUUUGGAAUCUGUGCCUUUCCUACUGGCCGAGGUUGCCAGAUUGGAAUCACAACAAAAUUAGAUAACACCCAUGUAAACAUAACUCUGCCACCGUCACCUAACAUCGUGUCCGGUCGAAAGCGGAGAGCCACGACAUACGAUGGAAUCACGAAAUCCCCUGGUGACGUCAUCAGCGUCUCACUAGGCCCGUACGAAUCCGUUCAGAUCCAAAGUGGUGACGAUCUGUCGGGUGCCAGAAUAGACUCAGACAAUCCAGUCGCUGUCUUCAGCGGAAAUGUUCAAGUACAGAUUGGCUUAGGCACUGCACAGGACCACGCCGUUGAUCAGAUAUUACCCACUGAAACUUGGGGUAAGAAGUUUGUUACCGUUCCUAUCCCUGAGCGCACGAUCUACAAGCCUGGAGACAUGUUUAAAAUUAUUGGUAGCCAGUCAAACACCACUGUGGACGUGAUCCAUAUGGCUGAUGUUAGGAGAUACACUAUCCCCAACGAAGGGGACGUUUUGCAGAUUAUUACUGGAGCUGGUUUAGACUCAGUUUGCAGUUACAUAGAGACAGACAAACCUGUUCUAGUGACACAAAUUGUUCAGAGUCAGAUUGGCACCAACGAACCGUCCGACCCGUCGCUCAUUAUAGUGCCUUCCGUAGAGCAAUGGCUACCAAUGUAUUCCUUUACUUUACCCGACAUGGACAAUGGGACUGCUUACACAAACUUUGUCAUGAUUGCGGUUGAAAAAUCACAGAAAAACAACAUCUUGCUUGACGGAGCAACGCUUCCUUCUGGGUUAGAUUGGUGUGAUAUACCUACCACCGAGUACACAGGGACGUCACUGCGAGUUCCCGCCGGAUACCACCAGAUGCGGAACAUCUAUUUGAACAAGCCUUUCGCACUUUUGUUGUAUGGCGUGGGUAAUUCUUCUGAGAGCUUUGGGUAUCCAGCAGGGAUGAGGCUAACUGAUCUUACGACAUGCACACCGUUCACCCAGACAGCAGAGGGGGAUAAUAAAGAUAACGACUGCGAUGGUUUGGUGGACGAAGAAAUUUGCGGCGACUCCAUAGGUUCAAAUAGAAUUGAACACAUUGAUAAAUAUAUUUCCCAUAUAUAUAUCUAUUAG